AUGAAAGCAACGUCGACCCCAGUCGUUACAGGACUACCGGUCCCUGAGGCCGCCGGCAUCGCCGAGGCAUCUCAGGACCCCUCUGCCUCCUUUGACGCCGACUCGUCCGUCUCCGCCGGCCCCGCGGCCGGCGCCGCCGCUGCCGUGGCAGGCGCGGAGGGGGCGGAAGCUUCCCUGUACCAGGACCCUCCGGAGAUCCUGCGGCGUAUGAGGAGCCACGAUCUCGUCCCGGGGCCGGCGGAGGAGCCCACCGCGCCCGCCGCCGCGGCGCCCGAGGCGCCGGACACGCCCGGCCCGCUCGCGCGCACCGCGCCGGAGCUGCUGCGCGCCCACGACCGCGCGGCGCGCGUGGCGGCGGUCGCGGGUGCGCUGGUGCACGCGGGGCGGCCGGUACCGCGGAGCGCAAACAUGGCCGAGGCCGUGGAGGAGCCUGGUGACGUCAUCGACUUUGCCAGCGCGCGCACCAGCCAGGCGGCCACUGCAGCGGGCGCCGGCACCACGCCGGCUGGCGAGCAGCGGGAGGGCGGCGGCGGAGGCGUCAGUGAGGGAGGGCAGCAGCUGCCGGACACGGUCCCAGACUUGCUGGCCGCGGCCUGCGGCCGCGCCGGCGCCAGCGCCGGCGCCGGCGGCGGAGCAGGUUGGGAGGCGCAGGUGCAGACGGGGCCGGAGGAGUGGGAGAGGGCGCACAUAGUGUCGUGUGCCCCCGGCGGCGGCAGCGGCGCCCGCACCGCGGCGCCGGCUGGGCCGGGGGCCGCUCAGGCCACACCGCAGGCGGUGGAGGCGCUGGAGAGCGCCCUCGAAGGCGAGCAGUCGCAGCCCGGCUCGGGGGAUCUGCAUGCCGCGCCGUCGCUGACCCGGAGCGGCGUGUCGGCAGUGGCAGAGGCGGCGGUCACAGCAAUCGCCACCGACGCGCUCGCCGCCGCAGCAGCCGCCAAAGCCGGUGGCGCGCCGGCGGGCACCUCAGAGCAUGCUACCGGGGCAGCGGAGGAAUUGCAGAGCAGCGGAGGUCAGCUCGGCGGCGUGGUGAAGGCGAUCCAAGGCAUGAUCGGGCAGCAACAACAGACUGCGCCGCCGCAGCAGCAGGCGCCCGCGUCGGCCGAACGCUCAGGGGCGGCGCAGACGCCGGCGACCGCAUGCGCCCCUAGCUUCGGCGCCGCGGGCGCGCCACGGGACGCGCUGGCCUGCAACGCGCGCCUCAUGUCCCAGCUAUCCCACGGCCGCGCCGGCCAGGGGCCCAAGGCGCUCGGUGUCGUCAGCGACAGCCGCCUUUCAAACGCGGGCAGCAGCUCCGAGCCGUCGCGCAUCCCCUCCGCCGUCGCCAUGUCGGACACAGACGCGCCCGCGCCGCCGCCGCCGACGGCGCUGCCGAUGCCGCUGCCGGCGCCGCUCGAGCGGGCGCUUGAAAUCCAUUCAGAGCCGUCCCUGUCAGCGGGGCUCGCGCCGCCGCCGCAAGAGGCGGUGCUUGCGGCGACCGAGGAGCCAGCGACCCCUGCGGCGCCUCACUCGGCACCGUCGCUGUCGACGGGGAUCGCGCCCGCUCCACCUGCGACGGCGGAGGUGCCGGCGGGUGCGGAGGUUGGGGAGUUGCUGGACCAGGAGUGCCUGAUUGGGCGCGUCAUUAACCCAGGCCUGCAGCAGCAAGAGCAGCAGCAGCAGCAGCCGGCAGCGGGUGUGGGAUCAUCAGGGCGCGACGGCGGCAGCGCGGUCGCGCCUGGCGCCGGGGACGCGCCUGCGCCGCUGCCCGCGUCAGACGAGGUGCUGCUGGCGGCUGGCCUCGACCCUGGCGCCGGCUCGCCGCUCGGCACGCCACGCAUGGGCUCGCCCCGCGCGAGCGGGUCUGGGCUGGGCCCGCAUGGGCUUGAGGGCGCCGCCGCAUGCGGUCCCAUGCACGCGCAUGCGGCGCCAUGCGAGGCGCCGGGGCCCCAUGUGGCGGCCAGCGCGCAUGCCGUUGACAUCGGCCAAAGGCGUGAGGACGAUAUGGAUUUGAAGCAGCCUGCCGACGCCUCGGCCGCAGCGCUCCAGGACAGCAGCCACGCGGAGUCGUCGGGCCACAGCAGUGGCGGCGACCGUGGCCAGCCGGUGUUGCGCGGCGGCGUUGGCGGCGAAAGCGCCAGCGGGGGCUCGGACGCAGGCAUGUCGCGCUCCAGCAGCGACGUGUUUGCAAGCGCUGACGAGGACGGGGACUUUGAAGGUUGGGUGCAGCCUGAGGGUGAGGCGCAGCCGCUGCCAGCGGAGGAGGCAGGGGAGGCGGAGGUUGGGCAUGCGGCGACGCGCGUCGUGCCACUCGCCGCCUCGGCGAUCGAAGUCGGCCUUGCAGCCGCCGCUGCCGAGCUGCCGGCGUCCCCGACCAGCGCGGCCGCGCUCGCUGCCGCAGGCGCGGCCGCAGCGGCCGGCACGCCGGCAGCGGAGGGUGGUGUGUCGGCGCUGCGGGACGACGUGGUGUUGGGGGUGUGGCCGGCUGAGGCGGCGCCGCCGCAAGGCAGCGGCGACGGCGAUCUGAUUUCGAGCCCUGUGGAUCAGAUCCUCCCCAGCCCCGCAGGCGGCGAUGCCGUCCGCGCCGGCGGCAGCGACAGCCAGCAGCUGCCCUUCGGGGCCGGCAGCGAGCUGGUUGCAGGGGACGCAGGGCUGGAGGGUGGCGCAUGUGAAGGGGUAGGCCCUCAGAUGGGCGAGGCUGUCGAGGUAUGCGAGAUUGCGGGCGCGCAGGAGCUGCUGGCAGCAGACACCAGCAGGGCUCCCGGCGGCGCUGUCGGCGGCGCGCCGGCGGCCGCGGCGGGCGAGGGCGGAACGGAGGAGGCGGCUGCGGCCGCAGAGGGCGGGGAGGAGGAGGGGCGAUGCGAGGUGACCCUCGCUGACGUGGUGCGCGUCGCGGUCGCGCCGGCAGGCUCGCGGCGCCUGCUGCGCGCGCGCGCCAAGGCGAUCGUCGACGCGUCCGCCGCGCACGCCGGCGGCGCCACGGCGGACGCGACGUGGGAGCAAGACGCCCAGGCGGCGCAGGGCGGCGGCGGCGCCGCGGCGGAGUGGCAGGGGCGCUGGCAGGCGCGGGGGCAGGAGGCUGCGGCGGGGGUUGAGUCCGAGGCUGAGGGUGAGGAGCAGGAGGACGACUCAGACGAGCCAGAGGGGCGUGGGCCGCUCAAGAUCUCGGUCGGCAACGAUGAUCUGGAUCUGGUCGUGGAUCUGGGGCGUGUCCCCACGUCUCCGAUCAACCGCGUCGACUCGUGCGUCCCUUUGGCCGCCGAGAUGUCUGUUCAGCUUUCGGUGUCGUCGGCCGCCAGCCUCCCGCUGGGAAGCUCCGACGAAGGGGCUGUAGCAGCCGCGCUGGCCUCGCCCGCCGUGGGCGAGGCCAACGGCCGUGCGGGCUGCGUGCUGCCGCGGCCGGAGGCGCUGCCUGCGGCCGUUGAGGCGCGCAACCGCUCCGCGCGCGUCGCGGCGGCGGCGUGCGGCCUGAGGUACGCGGGGCUGAGCGUCCGCGACGCGGCGGCCGUCGCAGAGAUCGUCUUCUCAUCCGCGGCAGCCGUCGAGGCGGCCGCCGUCGCCAGCCCGCAGGUGGCGCCGCCGGGAUCUGGCGGCGGUGAUCUGGCACGCCCUUCGGCGCCGCCAAUGCUCGCAGCGCCGGGCGGCGGCGGCACGGGCCUGACGUGCUGCUGUGGGGAUGGCGGGGCCGCGGCCGCGGCCGAGCCGGCGGGGGAGGAAGGUGAUGGCGGCGCCUUGGAGGAGCCUCUCCUGGGGCCGGCGUCCCCGAAGGCUGCCGCACGGGCAGCCCUGCAGGAGAAGUGGGCACGGGGGGAUGUCUGA